GCUAAGCGCGCGCUGCGUGCCCUGCGUAGGGUGAGCGGCGGUCUAGGCGGGAAGUGCGAGCCGGGACGCCAUGGCGAAAGCGUGGCAGCACCCGUUCCUCAACGUCUUCAGACACUUCAAAGUGGGCGAGUGGAAGCGGUCUACUAAGGAAGGCGACGUGACUCCUGUGACAGAUGAGACUCUCAAGUGCACGGUGUAUCGCAUCCGGGGUUCCGUGUCUGCCGGGAAUUACAUCCAGCUCCCCCAAACCGGCACCCAGUCUUUGGGGCUGACGGGACGGUACCUGUAUGUGCUGUUCCGGCCCCUGCCCUCCAAGCACUUCGUCAUUCAUCUGGACGUAGCCACGGAGGACAGCCAGGUCAUCCGUGUGUCCUUCUCCAGCCUCUUCAGGGAGUUCAAGUCUACGGCCACGUGGCUUCAGUUUCCCUUCAUCUGUGAGACCGGGACGUCUAGGAAAGACCUGGCUGGCGUUGCCCCCUCUGGUGCCCGCUGGACGUGCCUGCAGCUGGAUCUGCAGGACAUCCUCCUGGUCUACCUGAACCGGCGUUACGGUCACCUCAAGAGCGUCAGGCUGUGCGCCAGUCUGCUCGUCAAGAGCCUCUACACCAGCGAUUUGUGCUUUGACCCCGCCGUCACCGUUGCCGAGGCCCGGCGGGCAAAGCUGCCCGUCACUCCUGUACCUCGAGAAAUGGCAUUCCCGGUGCCCAAGGGGGACAGCUGGCACGAGCACUACGUCCACAUCCGGUUUCCAAGUGUCGGCUCAAGAGCAUCUUCCGAGCCGGCUCAGAAGAGCCGCUCCCCUCCUGAGGCAGUUUUCCGGGGGCGCGUGCGGGAGCUUGUCCCUCCCCCAGUGGCUUUUAGUAAUCCUUUCCCGGACGGCGUGUCCCCCGCGGUCCGGAUGUUUGGCCCCACAGCCUCUCGCCAGGCCCGGCCUGUGCCCAGGCCCCUUCCAGAGGUCAGCUUGUUCUGUGAGCACUCAGAGGUCCCCAGUAUGAAUGGCCCCCGUGACCGGAGCCAGGAGCCCUCGGCCAGGGCGGAGGUCACUGACAAGCACACAGCCGGCAACGGUGUUCACACGGGUGUCCCGGAGUCAGCCAUGGUGCCGGUGGCCCUGGAGGAUGUGGCCCCGCGCCAGCGUCCUGGCAGAAAGCAGAGCAGGCCGGAGAUGACUUUGGGCGAGACUGUCUUUGAACAAAGAAGCUUUCUUCCAGAUCCGAUCCUUAAGCUCAAGGGCGUCAUUGGCUUUGGGGGCCACAGUACCAAAUGGGCCCUGUGGACCAAGGAUGGGGCUGCUGUGGUGUAUCCCUGCCACGCAGUCAUCGUGGUCCUGCACGUGGACACCCGGGAGCAGCGCUUCUUUCUCGGCCAUACUGACAAGGUCUCUGCCCUGGCGCUGGAUGGGAGCGGCUCGCUGCUGGCCUCAGCCCAGGCCCGGCCCCCAAGCAUGCUGCGCCUGUGGGACUUCCAGACCGGGGGGUGUCUGUCCCUGUUCCGGAGCCCGGUCCACGCCCUCUGUUCCCUUAGCUUCUCCAGCAGCGGGGUGCUGCUCUGUGGCGUCGGCAAGGACCCCCAUGGGAGAACGGUGGUGCUGGCCUGGGGCACAGAGCAGGUGGGACGAGGCGGCGAGGCCGUCCUUCUGGCAAAGACGCACACCGGCGUUGACAUCCAGGCGUUUAAGGUUGCCGUUUUUGAUGAAACCAGGAUGGCGUCGUGCGGGCAGGGCGGCGUACGGCUCUGGCGGCUGCGAGGCGGGGAGCUGCGUUCCUGCCCCGUGGACUUGGGGGAGCACCGCGUGCUGGAGUUGACCGACCUGGCCUUCGGGCAGGCCCAGGACAGCCAUACGCUCUACGUGUGCGGCCGCAGCGGCCACAUCCUGGAAAUCGACCACCGGCGCAGGGCCGUGCGGCGUGCUCGCCGCCUGUUGCCCACACAGACCCCUGGCGGCCACUCCUCACAGAAGCAGCCAUUUGGCACAGGCCCCGGCAUUUCCAUCAGCAGCCUCAGUGUCUCCCAGACCACGUGCGCCGUGGGCUCCGACGAUGGUUACGUGCGCCUCUGGCCCCUGGACUUCUCCUCCGUGCUCCUAGAGGCAGAGCACGAGGGCCCGGUCUCUUGGGUCUGCGUCAGCCCUGACGGUCUGCGUGUGCUGUCCGCCACCCUCUCGGGCCACCUGGGCUUCCUGGACGUCCCCUCCCGAGAAUACAACACGCUGGCUCGCUCCCACACUGCGCCGGUGCUGGCCCUGGCCACCGAGUGCAGCCGAGGGCAGCUGGCCACCGUGUCCCAGGACCACACCGUCCGCGUCUGGGACUUGGCGACCCUGCAGCAGCUGUAUGACCUGAGGUCCCCCGAGGAGACACCGCGCGCCAUCGCCUUCCACCCCACGCAGCCAGUUCUUUUCUGUGGCUUUGCCAGCGGGGCCGUCUGCUCCUUCAGCCUGGAGAACGCUGGGGUUCUGGUACGGCACAGGCGUCACCAAGGAGCGGUCACCGGCCUGGCCGCCAGCCCCGACGGCAGCUUCCUGUUCAGCUCCUGCUCUCGGGGCACCUUGGCCCAGUACCACUGCUCUACCACCCGGUGCCACGUCCUGCGUGUGACAGCUAACAUGGUGUGCCGGGAUGCCCGCCCAACCCCCAAUGCCCUGGUGGUUAGUGGGGACAGCCGCCUGCUGGCUUUCGUGGGCCCCUCCAAGUACGUGGUGACCAUCGUGAGCACAGCCUCCCUAGAAGAGCUGCUGCGAGUUGAUGUCAGUGCCCUAGAGCUGGCCAGCAGCCGCCUGGACUCGGCUGUGGCCAUCUGCUUUGGCCCCGUACCCCCCGGCCACCUGCUAGUGUCCACGUCGUCCCACACAGUGGUGGUGCUGGAUGCCGCGUCGGGCCGCGUGGUCCGGGAGCUAUCAGGCGUCCACUCUGUGGCCUGCCCCUCCCUGGCUCUCAGCAGGGAUGCCCGCUUCCUGCUGACGGCCACUGACCGGGUCAUCAGGGUGUGGGACUACCCGGCCAAGGCCAGCCCCGGCUGCCAGGUCUACAUCGGCCACUCAGAGCCCGUGCGUGCUGUGGCCUUCGCCCCUGGCCAGCGGCAGCUCCUCAGCGUGGCGGAUGCCAUCUUCCUCUGGGACGUUCUGGGUGCCCCCGGGAGGUCACCUUCGGGAAGUGCCGGAGACUCACCUGGGGCACCCCCGACCUGCGAGGCUAGCCCAGGUGCGAGGCAGCCGGAGGACACCGAGGCAGGCACCGGUGGGCUCCCCCGGCAGCAGGUGCCUGUGCCAUCCCAGGCUUCCCCACUCCAGCUGGGCGCCCGUGCUGGGCCCCUCAAGGGUGCUGAUGGUGCUUUCUCCACAUCAGAUGAAGAAGGACCGUCCCAGGAGAGCCACAGCCCCGAGGGGCUCCAUCAGGCCUCAAGCCUGCCCAUGCUGGUGAAAGAGGCCAGCGGGGCUGGAGAUGGGGCCUGGGGGGCUCCCGGGGGCCCCUGGGGCUUCAGCAUGCGUCCCCACCCCUGUGGCUGGGCCACUGCUCGGAGCACCACAAAAGCCCAGGCCCAUCCCCCUGCUCGCCCAGACUGCUACAGGCACUUCACCGCUCGCUACAAGGCCUCCUCGCUCGUCAAGAGUGCCUCUGUCCCCAGUGCCCGAGUCGAGCGUCUGCUCCUGAAGGCCGUCGUGGGCUACAACGGGAACGGGCGGGCCAAUGUGGUCUGGAAGCCAGAUACAGGCUUCUUCGCCUACACGUGUGGCUGCCUGGUGGUGGUGGAGGACCUGCAUUCUGGCGCCCAGCGGCACUGGCUCGGCCACCCCGAGGAGAUCUCCACGCUGGCCCUCAGCCACGAUGCUCAGAUCCUAGCCUCUGCCUCGGGCUGCAGCAGCACAGCCUCCUGCUGCCAGAUCCGCAUCUGGGAUGUGCCUGGGGGCUCCUGCCGGCACCUUCUCUCUUACCACGACACCGCCGUGCAGGCCCUGGCUUUUUCGCCGGAUGACACGCUGCUCGUCACACUGGGGGACUACGGUGACUGCACCCUGGCCCUGUGGAGCGUGGCCACCUGCGAGCUCCUGUCCUCCGCCCGCCUGCCGGAGCCAGCGCACGGCGUGGCCUUCAACCCCAUGGAUGCCAGAGAGCUCGCCUGCGUGGGCCAAGGUGCCAUCACCUCGUGGCUCCUGCAGCAACGCGGGGCUGAAGUCGCCCUCCAGGUGCACCGGGAGCCCAUCCCUGAGGAGGUGGGGGCGGGCGAGCUGACCUCGCUCUGCUACGGGGCCACGCCUCUGCUCUACUGCGGCUCCAACACUGGCCGGGUGUGUGUCUGGGACACACGUGCCGGCCGCUGCUUCCUGGCCUGGGAAGCAGAUGACGGCGAGAUCGGAGUGCUGCUGUGCUCGGGAGCGCGGCUGGUCAGCGGAAGCAACACCAGGCGCCUACGCCUGUGGGCGGUGGGGGCCGUGCCGGAGCUGAGGCGCAAAGGUGCCCGUGCCAGGUCUAGCUCUGUGUUCAUGGAGCACGAACUGACCUUGGAUGGUGCCGUCGUGAGCGCCGUCUUCCACGACAGCAUGGACAUGGGCGUGGUGGGCACCACGGCGGGGACCCUUUGGUAUGUCAGCUGGGCCGAGGGCACCAGCACCCGCCUCAUCAGUGGCCACAGGAGUAAGGUGAACGAGCUGGUUUUCAGUCCCAGUGCGUCCCACUGGGCCUCAUGCAGUGAUGACGGGAGUGUGAGAGUGUGGUCCCUGGCCAGCAUGGAGCUCCUGAUCCAGUUCCAGGUGCUGAACCAGAGCUGCCUCUGCCUGGCUUGGAGCCCUCCGUCCUGCGGGCGUCCCGAGGAGCAGCAGGUAGCAGCAGGCUACAGCGAUGGCACGCUGCGUGUCUUCAGCGUCUCCCAAAUUGCCAUGGAACUCAAGAUGCGCCCCCACCGGGCUGCGCUGACGGCCAUUGCCUUCUCUGCUGAUGGUCAGACCAUCCUCUCCGGAGAUAAGGACGGGCUCGUGGCCGUGAGCCGUCCCCGCACAGGGAUGACCUUCCACGUAUUGAGUGACCACCGGGGCGCUCCGAUCUCCGCCAUCCAGAGCACGAACAAAGAGUGCGGAGACCUAGGGGCAGAGGGUGCCGACCUGUGGCUGGCUGCCAGCUCAGACCAGCGGAUCAGCAUCUGGGCCUCCGACUGGCCACGUGGCCACUGUGAGCUCCUGGACUGGCUGAGUUCCCCCUCGCCCACCCCCACGGAGGUAAGGCUCCCGGUGGCACGGGAGGCGGGGACAGUUGCCCGCCCACCUCACCGCAGCACGCCGUGCCCUGCCCAGUUUCCCAGCCGUCCACCGCCCUGUCUUGCUGCCUUCUGCCCCUGGGAUGGGGCGCUGCUGGCGUGUGCGGGUCUCGGCAUGCACCCAGAGGUGGUCUUCUACAGCCUCCACCGGAAGCAGGUGGUGGAGAGGAUCCCGCUUCCUUUCUUUGCCGUGUCCCUGAGCCUGUCCCCCGGAGCCCACCUCAUGGCCGUUGGCUUUGCUGAGCGCAUGCUGAGGCUGGUGGACUGUGAGUCGGGGGCCGUGCAGGACUUUGCUGGCCAUGACGACUUGGUGCAGCUCUGCAGGUUCGCCCCCUCUGCCCGGCUGCUCUUCUCAGUGGCCCACAGUGAGAUCCUGGUGUGGGAAGUCUCGGGCCACCAGGCCACAGAGGAGUCCCUGGGCUCAGGGUCCUGGCCAGCCUGGCGGAGAAGCUGAGCUGUCCCAGGGCCUCCGGGUGAGCCAAGGUGGUUUCUAGGCCCAUGUCUACACGCCAGCGGACCUGCCGCUGUAAAUCGUCAAGAGCCUGGACUUUACGGAAAGUGCUCUCGGUCUGAGAGCUUUUGUAUGCUUCCGCCCUGUGAAGUUCAAAUAAACGUGGGUGUUGCAUUCUG